AUGGAAGUCCUAUUUUCUGUGAUUUUUAUGUUGUUUGUUGCUGCUACACCUAGCUUGUAUGCUAGAGUAACACCCAAUGCAGGAUCUAGCAACUUCAAUAUUGUUAACUAUGGUGCAAAAGGGGAUGGCCAAACUGAUGAUUCACAAGCUUUUGAGAAAGCAUGGCAUGAUGUGUGUAGUGCAACUGAAGGCACCCCAACUCUUCUCAUACCCAAGGGAAAAUCAUUCAUGUUACAACCUGUUUUAUUCAAGGGUCCUUGCAAAAUUGGCAAUAUUAACAUUGAGCUUCAGGGCACUCUUGUUGCCCCUGAAAGUGUUGAUGCUUGGAAAUGGCCAGAUAAUAUUAAGGGAGGAUGGAUAAAAUUCUCAGACAUAAAUGGCCUUGUUGUUAGCGGAGGAGGAACAUUCGAUGGGCAAGGUGCUGAAUGGUGGACAAAGUACCCUAGUGCCUCUCAUAGGCCAAGUGCCCUACAGUUUCUUAGCUGUAAGAAUCUAUCCCUUAGCGCGACGAAUCACAUGAACAGCCCAAAAAAUCACAUAAGCAUAAGUAAAUGCAGUGACGCUAGCAUUUUUAACAUUCAUAUUAAUUCUCCGGAGGGAAGUCCAAACACCGAUGGGAUUGAUAUCUCAGUAUCAUCUAACAUCCUCAUUAAGGAUUCUUUGAUUCAAAGUGACGACUGCAUUGCUAUCAAUAAUGGUACCUCUUUUAUCAACAUAGCUGGUAUUACAUGUGGUCCUGGCCAUGGCAUCAGUGUUGGGAGCCUUGGAAGAGAGUGGAAAGUUUGCAUCUUCAAAGGAACCAAAAAUGGAGCCAGGAUCAAGACAUGGCAGGGAGGAUCCGGGUAUGCCAGAAAUAUAACAUUUGAAGAUAUUUUACUCGAUGGAGCAAAGAACCCUAUCAUCAUUGACCAAAAUUAUAAGGAAUAUCAACAUAAUUGUCUUGCGGAGGCUGUGAAAGUAAGUGGUGUUACUUACCGUAACAUCACAGGUACCUCAAUUUUCGUGGAGGCUAUCUCACUGAAUUGUGACUCCAUUGGCUGCACCGACAUUGUAUUGAAUCUAUAUAUAUAUUAAAGCAGUAACACUCCAAGCAUGCCAUUAUCAAAAACCUCAGCUCCUGAAUAUUUUGUAAUAUUUUAUUCCCUCCCCUUUGCAUCACAACGUGACACAUGUCCCUCCAUGAAUAUUAUAUUCAUUUUUAUUCCUCCAACCUUCAUUUUCCUCCUUCUUCCACUAUCUCCAUUAAUUUGGUCUCCCCCAUUAUCUAUCAUAAGCAUAGAAUCAUUGAGUGUUUA